AUACCUUGGUAUUUUCACACUGUGACCGAACUCGAGAUGUGUAUUAUAUGUGGUAUUAACUUUGAAAUGAUCAAUCUUUAAUAAAUUGUUUAUUUGGUAAAAACUGUGUUUAAAAGUUGUAACCAAAGAAACCACUUGUACACAAAGCGUAAAACUUGAAAAAUAAUAAUAUAUCGAUACAUUUCUCUUAAUUCAUACAAAAAUGAGCGAUUAUAACGUCAUAACAUCAGAUUUUUUAAAUUUGUCUAUUACUAAUUCUAAUCAACAAUAUUAUGUGGAACGAAGAUUUCAGAAAGGUAUCACGAUCGAUGAAUUUAAGGGAAAAUUGGAGCUUAUCACUGGUGGUAAUCCAACUACAAUGGUAGUUGAAGUAUUUGAUAAGAAUGACAGAUUAGUUUGUACAUUAAACAAUGGACAACAACUGUUAGGAUCUUAUCCUAUUGACGAUGGAAUGCGAAUACAUGUAAUUGAUAAUUUUUCACGCAAUGAAGCAAAUUUAAGUAAUGUUGAAAAAUUUGAGAUAUCUGAAGAAGAAUAUGCAAAAAGGACAGAUACUGUAAAAGCAUUCUUAGAAAAAAAUAAAUUAGGAAAAUACAACAAGGAAAAAGCAGAAAGAAAAGCAGAAGAAAAAAGACAAGAAGAAGCAGCUGAGGAAGCAGAAGCCAAGUUAUGUCAUGUUGGUGAUCGUUGUGAAGUAUGUGUACCAAACCAACCAAAAAGAAGAGCUACUAUUAUGUAUGUUGGAAAAACAGAAUUUAAGGAAGGUUGGUGGAUUGGUGUAAAAUAUGAUGAACCACUUGGUAAAAAUGAUGGAACUGUGAAUGGUAAAAAAUAUUUCGAGUGUUCAUCAAAAUAUGGUGGGUUCAUAAAACCAAUGCAUAUAAAAGUAGGGAAUUUUCCAGAAGAAGAAUUUGAUCUGAAUGAAGAACUUUAAAAUAUUUAAAUUAUUCUAUCAAUUUUGUUUCUAACAUAGGAUUCAUGAAAAUAUGAAAUCAGUACAAUAGGAAUGUUGCAAUAUUUAAUACUUUCUCCGUUUUAUUAUAUCUGGUCUCCAAUUAACAGGAUGUGUUUCUUCAGUCUGAAAAUAAUAAUAAGAAAUGUGAUGUAAAAAGAAUUUUGUACUUUGAUUUUUAUAAGAUUAGAUGGUAGGUAAUAAAGUAUAAUAAAUUAUACUUACAGCAGUAUCA